AUGUCAACAGCAUCAAGAGUUCAAUGUAUAAAAUGUACGAAAAACGCUAGUAUAACCACAUGCCAUGGCUGUUUAGCCGAGUUGUGCAGACGGUGUUUCAAUGAUCAUCGUCAAGAUUUGUCAAAAGAACUCGACCAUGUUGUUUACGAACACGAUAUGGUCAAGCAGCAGUUCGAAACGCCAAAUAAGAAUGACUCUCAUCGUUUGUUAAAACAGAUUGAUGAAUUGGAGAAAGACUCUACUGAUAAAAUUAAUCAGCUGGCCGAGCGAUGUCGGAUCGACGUUGUCAAAUUGCUAGAUAAAAACAAGGACCAGCUUAUCGACAGAUUUCGCAAAAUAUCGAAUAGUAUUCGUAAAGGUCGGGACGAUGAAGAUUAUGUUGAACGAGAUCUUAGCAAGUGGAUGGCUGGCUUAAAAGAACUAAAAGAUGAACUUAUCAAACCAUCAAACUUUCGAGUCGAAGAGGAUAAACAGCAAUCUCCUUGGAUUCAAAAGAUCAGAGUAAGCGAAGAUUUCCACGACCAAGCAAAGGUGAAAGAUGAAAUUGGUGGAUAUGACGAUCGUCAAUAUAGCAGCGUUCCUUAUCCAUCUCAAACUGAAAUUUCUCAAUCAUGUUUGUCUUUCUUGACACCAUUAUAUCAAGAUGUUUGUGGCGUAACUUGUAGUUAUGCAUUACCAAGUGGAAAUAAACGUGGUGAUCGUAGAACAACAACCGAAUAUCGACAAAAUUCAACAUCGAGAGCAUACAAACGAGAUAUCGAUAUGAAGGAACAACAACAACAAGAACAGUAUCCGACAGAUAGAUCGAAUGAGCAUCGACAACGUCGACUAAGUGGUGAUUCAGAUCGUAUGCCACAAGAAAGUUCAGAUAGUGACAUUUACCUUCAUAAACGACCAUAUGCUCCAACUACAAUCUCUGAUAUUGACCUAAAUGAUGUUGUGAAAUUUUCGAGACCUGGUGGAAAAAUUAGUCAGGGCGUUGUGAAAUAUAUCGGAACUUUACCGGGAAAAUUUGAUCUGUAUCUUGGAUUAGAAUUAGAAGAUGAAGGUGUAUUCGUUGGUUUCAGUAAGGUUAUUAUGGCUUGGCGUGAUCGACAAUCGUGA